ACCAUCCUUCUCCUGACAGGACACAACAACGCAGAACGAUGGUGAGUGAAGAGAGAGAGAGAGAGAGAGAGGCGGAGGGGAGGGAGGGAGGGGAGAGGGAGAGACAUGCCCAGGCUUCUCUCUGGGUUCAGGUGUUUGUGAGUAUUUUGGCGGUGUUACUGCUCCGAUUGACUAUGCUGGUGUUCAGGAGGUCAACUAAAGGGAAAGAAGAUCCUUUUUCAGAGUUUGGAAGUGUUUCUUUUUCUUACCUUGUUGUUGUCCUCGCCUCUCUCCGUCUUCUGUCGUUGUUUUCCUGUUUUUCUGAACCAAACACGCUCCCACAAGUCUGCUCUUCUCACGGAUUUCCUUCCUUCCUUCCUUCUUUCCUUCCAGAUGCUGACAGCGCUCCUCUUCCCGGUGAUAUUCCUGUCCAUUCACUCCUCGCUGGUCAACGGUGCCCCGGAGCCGGUCCCGACCUUCACCGACACGGACCCGAUCACGGGGAAGUCUCUCGUGUGCGAGCGCUGCCCGCCCGGGACCUUUUUACGUGCGCGCUGCACGGAGACGCAAAAGAGCGAGUGCGCGCCAUGUCCGAAUGGUUCAUUCACUGAACUUUGGAACUACAUCGGUAAAUGCUUGAGAUGCGGGGUUUGCGGGCACAACAUGGUGGUGAAGACGGGGUGCACGGCGAAGAGGGACUGCCAGUGUCAGUGCAGGCCGGGGUACUACUACAAGAUGAAGUACGACAUGUGUCUCCGCCACAGCGAGUGCCAUUCCGGUCAGGAGGUGCUAAAUGCAGGUAAGCUGAAGGACCCAGAGGAAAGAGCCUGGGGUAAAAAUCGGCAAAAGAACGGCUCGAUUAUUAAAAUCGUUACGGUACAACUAGUCUUCGGGUGUUUACAUGGAGCAGCAAGAUGUUUCAACUAUUCCCAUUGUAAAAGUCCAGAAAAAUCAGCCUGUAGUUGAAUAGAUCAGACAGAAGAGCCUAAUGUGUAUGAAGUAUUCUCGGUUACUAACCAGGUUAUUAAUGCAGUGUCACAUGUGCAGCAGACAGUGCAAGGAGAAAUCAGCUAUCACAGCAUGCUCUGAGCAAGCCCAUCCCUCCAGUUCACCAAAAAAAUGAAUAAAAGUACAAACUGUGAUCAGACUGAACCAGACGAUUGUAUCAGUGGCUAAUUUUCAUCACAUCAUUUCAUCUUCUUGACUGACCUGGAGCAGAAAUUCUAAGUCCACUUCACUUGUCCUCCUCCAGGUUCACCUGAUGAGGACACAGUCUGCAGGACUUGUCCAAAUGGCACCUACUCUGACAUCGUCUCUGCUCACAAGAACUGCACCGAGCACAAAGACUGCGAGGCUGCAGGGCUGCAGCUGGCGCUGAAGGGCUCUGUGUGGCACAACAGCGUGUGCAUGGACUGCCAAGGGUCCACAUCCAAAGGUAAGGGCUCAGAGGGGGGAAGACUUUAGACGGACGGGGGGAGAGAGAGAGUUAGAGGUUAGAAUCUCAGAGUUUCUCUCUGAGAGACGAUCCAGAGAUGGUCAGGAGAGAUGUAGUUUGACAUUUUUCUAACCUGCAGCAGGUGGGAUCAUUAGUGAUGUCACCGCCGUCUAAGAGGAAAUAAUCAAAUUAAACAAAAACAGUCAAUUUAGAACCCGAACAACCCGAGAACCAAGCAAUGUGAACUAAGACUUAGAGGACCAGAAGAAGAAAAGCAAUCGCAGAUGAAAACAAAGCUGAAAAAAGUGACAGCUGACAGGAGUGAAGGAACAGUUUGAACCUUAAAGUCCUCAUUUCUUUUUCCACUCCUCUCCUCUGAUCAUUUUCCUGGUUUCUUACAGACGGGGCUGAGUACCUCCGAGAAAUCCUCCCUGCUUUCUUUGUCCACCAGAAAAUGGCCAUCAGAAGGCUGCGCCAGAUCCUGCGCAGGCUGCUGUCCGAAGAAAAUAAAAGACACGAAGGAAUUUCUGGACUUUACCUCCCAGAGCUCCUGGAGCGGAUCAACACUUGGGUUUCCUCCGCCACUGCGGCACACAUUCGCCAGCUUCCUGCGAUUCUGACAAAAACCGGAGCGAACAACGCAGCAGAGCGACUACAGAACAAGCUGCAGAGAAUCGACUCAAAUGUGGCUCUGCUGUGUGGUUUGAAUAAUGUGAUGGAUGUACAAAUAUCCAAGUAGGCUUAGUGCAGCUGAACUGCAGCUGAAAUCAGGAGGUACUCUACAGUUACAAUUACAGAGUAGAUAAAAAAAACUGAGAACAGCUGGCUGGUUAAAUGGCUCCUUCAAACUGUUGUCUGCAUCCAUCCCAGUUAACAGUCCUCCUUUUUCAGUUAACAUUCCCCCUGUCUUUGUAUUUUUUUAAUCUCCUCUUUUCUUCCUCAAACUUGUUGAAACCACCUCCCUUGGAAUGACCUGCUGUCCUGUCUCGGUAACGUUUCUAAAAAAGAAUUAAAGAUUUUAUUAUUAGCAUUACAAAGGGAGUUUGUUUUGGAUGGCACUCAUUUGAAGUCAGGUGACUGACCAGGAUAUUCUGAUGUAAUGUAAAGAGCAUGUUCAUUGCCUAUUUUGUGAGUUUUCCAUCUCUGUUUCUGAUUUCAGCGCACAAACAGUUACAAAAAGUUUAACCUUAAUGUACCCGACAUUUGCUGCAAAAGUACUACUAUUUAAUGCAACUUCAAGUCCGAAUUUUGGGAGUUUAUUUGUGUGAUGAAAUCAGAAAGAGACCAGAUGCCUUGUAUCUAUCUACCUCUUUUCAUGGCUGCAUUUACUUACAGUUGCAAGAGCGGUUCUGCAUUUUGUGAGCUGAGAUCUUAAUUUAUUUUCAUAAUAUAUUUUGUAUAUAAAUUUGUCCGCUUUUAAAUACACUCAAAUAAAUCUAAUCACCAAUUGGAUUACUGUUUUUGUUCUUCUGUAUAUCCUGAUUCAAAGAGAGUUUGGGCACUAUGUUAAAAGAAACACAUUUUGAUGGUUUGUAAAUCAUUUAAACUCUGUAUUUAAUAAAAAAAUAACACAAAAACAUUUCAAA